UAACAGCUGUCACUUGCUGUCAAUUCAGGGUCUUCGUUUUCGGUACCUCAGGAAAGCGCAUUUCGACCAAAAGAUUUUUGCGAUAAUAACGUAAAAAUGGCAGCGAAAAGAAUUUCCCAAUCCGCAAUCAACUGGGCGCAGCUCGCCGAACGCGUUCCCGAACAUCAGAAGGUUAUUUUUUCCGCCUUCAAAGCUAAGAGCGAUGGCUACAUGCGUCGUGUCACAGCAUUCCCGGAAACUGCACCGAAGAUCGAUUGGGCGUUUUAUAAGAACAAGGUUCCUGUGGCUGGCAUGGUAGAUGAGUUCCAGAAGCAGUAUGAAGCCUUGUCCAUCCCAUAUCCUCCAAAUCCACUCACCAGUCAGCUGGACAGUCUGGAGAAGGAAAUCCAGAAUGAUGUGAACAAGUUCAAGACUGAAUCAAACGGUCGCAUUGAACAAUACAAGAAGCAGUUGGCUCACCUCGCUUCAUUGAUUCCAUAUGAUCAGAUGACAAUGGAAGAUUACAGGGAUGCUUUCCCAGAGGAGUCACUCAACCCACUUGAAAAGCCCUCUUUCUGGCCUCAUUUGCCUGAGGAUCAAUUGGGUUACCAAGACAAAGAUGUUCCCACUGACUCAGGACAUUAAAUAAAUCAUAAAGUAAAAAAUAUUAAAUAGUGUUCUGAUAGUCCUGAAAAAUUGAUUGAUUCUAUUGAUUGCUAAAUGUAUAGGGCUCAUGUAAUAAAUAUUAAACUGAUUUAAGUUA